AUCUUAGCUUUUUUUUUUUUUUUUGAUGCACGCGUGUAUGCUGUGUAUUUUUUUUUUUUUGCUAUUUUUAAAAUGGAUUUCGAGAGCAAAUACUGCACCAGUCAAGUAAAUGGCACUAUUACCAUAACUACGCGCAAAGUCCUUGAUGAAAAUCUAAAAUCCUUACUGGAUGAGGGAAAGGGCGAGCUGUUUCUCUCGUGUAUACCGAGGAAUCACAGUUGUUCUCCGCGGUGGAUUGUGGAAGUGGCCAGCGAACUGGGUGAAGUUUACAUUAUGCGCUAUAAGAUUGAUUUUUCGGGAAAUUCUCGCGGCUACGCCUACUUGCAAUAUAUCAAUGUGGACCUCAAGGAAUCGGCAAUGCAAUAUCUGCCAAUGCGAUUCCGACAGCUUUGCAUGUGCUUAAGGGUGGAGCCAUCGACCAACAAUCGCGAGCUGGUGCUCAAAAACGUAGAAUCGUCGCUUAGACCAUGGCAAGUGUACCAGGAGAUGUUGAAGAUACAUCCCUUUACCAUCGUUCGAGUCUACGAGUAUCAAUUAGACCAGUUCUUCUAUAUAUUUGAGUACCGCAACAACGACUCGGCCGCAAGUGCCCAUCAGAGAGUAAGGAAUUCGAUCAGAAAAUUCGGUGAGCAUGCGCACAUCUCCUGGUUGACUGCGGAGAACAUCUUGAGCAGAGCCAGCGGUAGCUUCUGUUUUCAACGGGAAGUAAGCCAAAAUCGUACUCGACGCGUUCCUCCCAGACAAAAGGGCUGUUUCAAGUUUUAAAUGGAAGUGGUAUCAAGUAUGUUACUUUAUUGGUUCAUGCUACCAAAUCCAUAAGGCUCCAAAUGUUUUGUUUGUACUACACGUAAGUAGGACGAAAAUGUAUAAAAUACUUUAAUACUUUAGUUAUAUUUUUUCUAUUGUUAAAUAAGUUUAUAAGUAAAAUAAGAGUACUCUUAAAUAAGUCAACCAUUUAGAUAUGAAUGAAGAUGUUUAUUGCUUGAUUUGUGUAAGUUUUUGUAAUACGUGGAAUUUGAAAACAAGAAUAUGUGUUUUGCAAAGUU